UUGAAAGACUAUUGAUGGCAGCGUGCAGUGUGCCUCUGGAGCACGUGCGAGCCUGACACAUCCCGCUUUUGGCUCUCUUGGAUUACCAUGACCAUGCCACCCACCGACAGAGGCUUCGGAUUUGCUCAUCAGCAGUCCAGGGCAGAGACCCGACGUGCUUCCAAACCCUUGAUGGAGAAGCGGCGGAGGGCCCGUAUCAACCACAGUCUCUCGCAACUCAAGAGCCUUCUUCUGGAUGGCACAACGCAGAAAGAAACACAGAACUCUAGGCACGCCAAGCUUGAGAAAGCGGACAUCCUCGAAAUGACCGUCAAGCACCUUAGGAAUGUCCAGCAGAAAUGCGGCGCUUCGACCUCUACUCAAGAGCUCGAGACUCGUUUCCAAGCCGGCUUCGCGGAAUGCGCUCGUGAAGUAAUGCGGUUCGCCUCCGACGUCCAAGUAGACGAUUCCAUAAGGUCUCGCCUCCUGGGACAUCUGGCGUCGUGCUUGGCGUCUUUCCCCACACCCGACAGCCUACCAGAUCCACCCGUCGAUACCAGUCGCGUCACCGUCAAAGCAGAGCCGCGUACAGAAGCCUCCUACUGCUCCUACGACCAGCAGGACGUAAGGGCCACCAGCCCGCUCAACCUGGCGACCACCAGCAGUCGGUCUGCGUCGUCGUCUUCGCCCACCAUCAGCAUGCCUGCUAGUCCCUACAGCGACACGGACUCCACGGCGUCCACGAGCGACGACUUUGCCGAGAUGAGGCUAGAAGGUCAGAUCUGCAGCGUCAUCCGAAGAGCACCGGCGCUCGGCAGCGACCCCGUGUGGAGGCCCUGGUAGCCAGUGUAUAGGAAUCAGAAACGAAGCCAAAGCGAAACUCGUCAAAUACUUUCUCAGCCACAAGAGUGGAACAUUUUUUUUUUACUUGUGCCACUGGAUCUGGUGAUCUGACGCGAUUGGAUAUGGUACUGUCUUCCAGAAUGUCAUCGUACCUAUGUGAGGCCGCCAACGGCGACCUCUUGCGGCACUACUACCACUACCACCACCACCACCACCACCACCACCACCACCACCACCACCACCACCGUACCUGUUUGGAAGCAUGUCUUCAACGUUUGUUGUUACAAUCUCUAGCUAAUAUGCAUAUACAACAGGCAAUAUCAGCCAUAUGUUUCAUAGGGCUUCUGGUGAUAAGGCUCGCACUCGUUCAGUAUAUGAUGUUACUGGUCACUAUUUCUGGACACGUUAACAUACCACUCAUUAACCAGCCUUGUCUUCAAUUAACCAGUGUGCCUUCAAUAUGCCUCAUGUUAAGACAUUCCUACAAGGUGAAACGACAUUGUUUCAAAGUACCGGCGAUAAAACGCAAAGAGCCCAGUUUUUGUAUAUAGUGUAAUUUUUUUAAAGUUCAAAUAAAAAUUGUCGCUCCAUGUUGUAAAUAGUUCACAGAAUUCAUACAGAGCCCAAUAUAAGUUAUCAUUCUUGAUAAUCAAGUGCCUGUCAGCGUAAAUGUUAUUUGUAUGCUGAAAAUAAACUUGAACCACCACUGUA